ACGAGCAACCAAGAAAUAGUUACUGAGGAAAGGACUGGAAACCAUGGAACUUCUGGCACAGCAUCAUAUAGUGAUCCUCAAGACUCUCCCUCAGGAUGCCCAGGUCGUACAAACUCCCCUCAAUCCUGCAAAAAAUACAAUCAAGUAAGAACAAUUAGGUGUCUACAGAAAAUGAGGGAGGAGAGAGCCAAGGGGUGGAUGGUUGUUCCAAUGUGGAAUUCCCAACCUUGGAUGGGCCCUCUUCUGCAAAUGUUGAUCAAGGCCCCCAGGCUCAUCACUCAGAAAACAAAUGUACUACGACAUCCCUCAUCAGCGGAAGAACACCCGAUUAUGACCCACACCCAAUUGAUGGCAUGUCUUUUGUCAGGCAACAACUUAGAGGGAGAGGUGUAUCGUCAGAAGGUACAGAGAUUAUCAUGGCAUCGUGGAGACCAGAGUUUCCUUGCUGCACUGGAAGCUGGCCUGCAGAAUCUGUCUGAGAAAAGAAUGAAUGUGGAAAGGCCAUCAUGGUAUAAUGUGGAGGGUCCCAUGGAGACUGAGAAAGAAGCUGUCCAAGCAAUGUGUGAGACCCUAGAAAUGGUAGGGCAGCCAGGAGGACCCAGUGAGAAGGACCUGGCUACCUGGCUCAACUUAUCUGGUCUCCAAAAAGACAGGACACAACUCUUGCUGACUCAGCGUGGUCAACUUGUGAAGUUAACCAGUUUACAAAAGCAGAAUAGUGUUCCAAUGGAAGACCUAGUGGACAUCCACUGGAAACUUGGAGUGGUGGCAGGCAGCAGUGAGGAGGGAGAAGCUGGGAGGACGUUUGUACAAGUGAAUUUCAUCUGUCAAGCUCCAGGAGGAAGCAAAAGGAGUUCCAAGCUAGUUGAGAUGUCUCUUGAGAAGUUUUAUGAUUUCCUGCACCAGCUUGAGAAGUGUAAAGCAAGCCUAGAGCACAAUCAUCUUCUCUAGCUUGUGACUGACACAAGAACUUUGGAUGUACUAUAUUUCCAUGGUUUCCUCAAGUUGGGUGUGCUGUUCUACAUUGCCCUUCCUCAAGACUUUUAAGAACAGAGUUACAAUGAACCAUUACCAUCUUUGAAGUUCUUAGUAUAUUAUAUAGUUUCUCUGGGAAAUCUGGUAACUCAGGAACAUUGAUUUUUCUAUAAUGGCCAAUAAAAUAAUGACAUGGGAUAUCUUGUUAAAUCCAUGCUGCUAUAAAAAUACAGUGGUGCCUCAGGCUGUAAGUUUUAAUUUGUUCCAGAAGUCCAUUUGUGACCUGAAAACUCAUAACCCAAAAUUAAAUUUUUCCAGUCCUAUUAAUCUGUUCUAGACUUCCGAAAGUAAUAAUAUUAAAAUUGAUUAAAAUAUUAUAUGUUGAAUAAAAGUAGAUUUUCUCACAAGUCAUUAUGCUAAAUUAUAUAAAAGACAUAACAAUGAGAUUAAGCAAAGACAAAAUCAAAUGGCUGUAUAUUGUUGUGAGCUCAACAACACGUAUGCUGCAACUGUGUUUUCACUGAUCUUAAUUUCUGUGGUAAUUAUGUCAUUAUGUCAUAUUAGCAUCAUCCUUAGCAGCCAGCUUCUUUGGCAGCAUCUUGACUUAAAUACUGGUAAAUAUAGUUAACUUUACAUAAAACACAAAAGAACACUGACGAGCACAAAUGAAUGAAGAUGUCACUAUGUAGCUGCCCCCUCUAUAAGAACAUAGGGGUGACUGCGAGCAAGUGAGAGCAAGCUUGACCAGGCAUCUCUAUGAUUUGUGCCUACUGCCUGGUGGAAAACAUAGGCAAUUCAAAUCCUCUGCCUGUUCAAACAAGUGCUCAAUAUUAAAAACAAACAAGAUCAGACCACACAAAAAACUGUAAACAAGACUGCAUCAGAGAGGUACUUUAGCAAAUGUUAAAAUUCCUACCUUCAAUCAGAGCCAGAACAAGCUAACAGCUAAGUGUUUGUGUGUUGAGCAAGUUUUCACAAAUUUUUACUUGUAAUGUGAAUCUUGAAUAAAAAUUAAGAUACCAG